UUAUAUUAGAAAAGAACUUAUAAAUAAUAUUUAAAUAUUCAUUUCAAUUAAUUAAUCAAAAAUUAGUAACUAUGUUUGAUAAUAAAAUGCUAUUUUUGAGUGAAUGUUUUUUAAAGAUAUACCCAAUUAUAACAUUGUGCUAUAAAAAUAAAAUACUAUUUUUGAGUGAGAAUUUUCAUCAUAUACCCAUUAUAUACAUACAUCUUAAUAUUUAAUCUCCUUUUUCCCCUUUACAAUCGGGUUCUAAAUCAUCUAACACAAACUAUGUGGGUUAAAUUUAAAAGAAAAAACACUCGGGGCAUUAAAACAUAACAUCUACCAAAUGCAUUCAUCUUAAUUACAUAAGUUGUUUAAAUAUAGAUAUAUCCAAACAUCAUAAUACAACUAAGGACAAAGUACACGAAUGGUCCCUAUGGUUUAGUGUUUGUUACGCGCCUAGUCCCUAACUCCAUUUUUUAACCAUGCCAAUCCUUAAUAGUUUGGUUUAGUGCACGGAUAGUCCCUCAUCUAACAUUCCGUUUGAUUUUGGAGUUAAAACCCCCACGUGCCUUGCACGUUGAGGGGUAUUUCCGUCAUUUUACUUAUUCAUCCUACCGCCAGUUUAAGAAAUCGAUGCGUUCAAUUAAACGAUCAUACUCUACAUUACACAAUCGUAUACCCAAAAAAACACACAACUUUGUGCAAAAUCCUUACGUGAAAACCCUAGUAUCGACGACUGCAAGAACAAAGAAUUGCAAUGGUUUCUUGGCACAUUCGUGGUGAAAUGGAUGAAAUCGACGUUGAUCAAAGUUAUGCUGGACAUCCGACAAUGUUUUCAAUAAGAAUGCACCAUGGAGGUGAGUUUACAAGCUUUCCUGGAAGGAAGUAUAUUCGUGGGAAGAAAACAUUUGUUGAUUUACUGGACAUUGAUACCUUUUCCGUUCAUGACAUUGAUGAGAUGAUGGAAGACCUAGGGUAUGCUUCAAUAGGUAAACCACUUUACUAUCACUUUCAAAGGCCUUUAGGCGAUUUAGAUUUUGGGUUAUUCGCUUUAGCUAGUGAUGAAGAUGUUCGUUAUUUGGGGAGUUUUGUGGCUAAGCAUAAGUUAAUUGAGGUAUAUAUAGAGCAUGACAAAACUACUCUGCACACCUAUUUAAUGUCCCCAACCCACAGUAAAGUUCGUAUAACGGAGAUUACUGAACCUCCAUCUUGUUCAAAGACACUGUUCCUGGAGUGGCAUAGCACACCUGCUGUUGACUUGGAGGAUGACAUGGAUCACAUGGAGAAAGAAUCGGGUAAUGAUCCUACACCCACUGGUCAUCUGGAGAAGGAUUUGGGUAAUGAUGCUACUGUCACUGAUCAUAUGGAGAAUGAUUUGGGUAAUGAUGCUACUCUCACUGAUCAUAUGGAGAAUGACUUGGUUAAUGAUGCUAAUGACUUUGGUAAGUUUGGUGAGUUAGAGAGUGACAAUGAUGAAAGUGAUGAUAGUGAUUUUUUUGUGGACAUUGAAAAUAUAUUGGAUGAUAUUAAUGUGGAUAUGCAAGAUUUUGAAAUGAAUAUCGACAAAGAUGUGGAAUGGGUUGGAGGGUCGUCUAACACUGUGGUUGAUGAAGGCACACAGGAUGAAGCUUUAGAGGUGAUUAACACUGACUUUUUAGCAUCUGAUUCAUCAUCAGAUGAGGGGAUUAAUGGUCAAAGAAAGAAAUCAAUAAGAGCAAUUCAAAGGGCACAUGAGAAUGAUGAAGCACUUGUUAGUGAACCCUUCUAUAUUUUUCAAAAAUUUGGUUCAGCAAAGGAGUUUAAGGAUAAGGGUCCAUUUCCAGGACAAAUUCUUUCAGCCGUGGGACUAGAUGACAAAAGGGUAUUCUAA